GAUGCAUGGCAGGCAGCGGCGCAGGAGAGUGACGAGAGAGCUCGUCAUUUGACGGGCUUAGUGGUAGCUGAAGCCAUGCUUCUGCAGCAAAAUGAGAAGAGUCGGUCGCAGCAGGCAGUCCAACAGAAGCAGCCAAGUGCAUCAAUGGAGCAGCAAUUACAAGAGCAGAAACAAGAAGUUCCAAUGGCAGUACAGGAACUUCAAAAGCAGAUGCAGCAGCAGCAGCAGCAUGAACCUUCAGGGCAAGUGGUGUUGGAGCGACCAUACUAUGCGUACAUAUCAAAUGUGUGCGUAUCAAACACAUUCAGGCGACAAGGAAUUGCUGCAGCUCUCAUGCGUGCUGCAGCCGACGUUGCAGCAGAAUGGGGUGCUGAAGAGGUGUAUGUUCAUGUGCAUGCAUCAAACACAGCAGCACAUCAUCUAUAUCACCAGCUGGGCUAUCAA